AUGCUGCUCCUGACCUUUGCGGACCGCGACGCCGCCACGUCCGAGGCUGCAGCUGUGGCCCUGGCGCCGCUCGCUCCACGUGUUGCCGUUCGUGUCGUCAGAGGGGACCUGACUGCGGUGGCCUUGGGGGAUCUUGGCGAAGCGGUGGGAACUCAAGGAGGGGCAGCCUCCUCCUCUUCCGGCAGCUCUGCUGUGGCUCGCCCUCCGGAUGCCGGCGUCAGGCCUGUCGAGACGGAUCUUGAUGUGCCUACCUUCAUCAUGUACGGGGCGAACACCGCCGGCAUCGCUUCCGGAAAUCUGCAGAAAGCCAUCAGUGAAGCCUUCCCGGAGCAGUUUGCUGACAUUCAGCGGCAGAUGAGCCAAGCUCCGCCGCAUGACGGCUUCGGAAACGGCGAGGUGUUUGUGAGCCACGAAAGCAGCAACGUCCGGCUUCUGGCCGUGUCCCUCUUUCCGCGGUCCAGCGAGGGCCCGGCGGCAGUGCGCCGAGGCGCUGCAGAUGCCUUAUGCGCAGCCCGAGCGCUGACAGGCCCAAGUUUUCGCGUUGUCACCCAUGCACUGGGCAGCUUCACCGGACACCCACGCAUCUCAGCUCCGAUUU